UCACACUAUCGGCAUAGACGGCCUCCCCAUUGCAGCCGGACACUUGAGCACCGCAUCGCGUGCAAUGGCGGGCGGCACCAGCUUGCCUAGCUUCUCCAGCCGCUCCUUCUCUAUCUUGGCCGCCUCGUGACGCUUCGACAGCACCUCCCAACAGGCAUGACACAAGCUCUGCUGCUUGCUGCAUGCCGGAGAGUAACGGGGCAUGGUGGGUGUGUGCGUGUCUGUUGCGGCGUGAGAGGGCAAGUGUGUAGCUGCCUGCGUACCAGGGAAAAAAGACGACCGAUGGCGGCUCCGAGAUGCACAUGACGCAGGUACCCUUUGCCGGAGCGGAGAGGGGUGGUGCUGCACCACUGCCGGCCUCCAGCCGUGCCUGCGUGACGCUGGCCUCCUUGGUCAGUGAUCUGAUGUCCGCCUUGGCUCGUUUGAUGUCCUGGAGGAAUGCGUCGAUGGCCGCUGCCGUGUCCAGAGAAGUGAGGCGCGCAGCCGUCAACCUGACAUAAGUGGAUGGAUGGAGGGAUGGAUAGAUGGAUGGAUGGGCAACACACACAGCAGGCGAGCAGGUGGGGGUUGACGAGUGGAGCGUCUUAAGAGUGUACCUACCGUGAGAGUGCCUUCUGGUGCAGUUUGGCGUGUUCUUGUGUGAGCUGCUGAAUGGUGGGCUGCAAGGACACACUCGCUGCCAACACGGCAGAGAUGCCGUCACGAAGCCUGCUCACACACCACACACACGCACCACACACACAGAGGGGGAAGGGUGGGACUGAUUGGCCCUUCAUGGUGCACUGGCAGCCUGCCACUUACUCUGCGAUGUCGCCUUUGCAUCGCUGCACCAUCUGCGUCAGCUCCCCCUCAGUCGCCAGCACGUCAUCAGCCACCAGAUGCGGUUCGCGAGAAACACCCGAUGCACACGAUGGCCUGACACAACCAGCAUAACACGCAUUCAGCAGUGAGUACUUUGAGCACGGCGCUCCUUCCUCCCCUCACCCAGCUGCAGGCGAUGGCUUGGGAGUCGGUGGUCCGCCUCGCAUGAGCAU